AUGGGAGAUCAAGAUGUUAUUACGGAAGUCCCAGCAGCACUGAAACGGUUGGCCAAAUACAUGGUGCGUGGCUUCUAUGGGGUAGAGUACUCACUGGUCCUUGAUGUAUUGAUCCGAUACCCCUGUGUGAAGGAGGAUGACUUGCUGCUACUGCUCAAGUAUGAACGCAAACAGUUGCGCACUGUCCUCAACACACUCAAGGCAGAUAAAUUUGUCAAGCUGCGCAUGCGGGUUGAAACAGGGCCCAAUGGGAAGAGUACAAGGCAUAAUUACUACUACAUCAACUACAAGGUGCUGGUGGAUGUGGUGAAGUACAAACUGGAUCAUGUGCGCCGGAAGAUAGAAGCAGAUGAGCGGGAUUCAACUACCAGGUCCUCCUUCAAGUGUCCAUCUUGCUUCAGCACUUACACAGACCUGGAAGUAAAUCAGCUGUUUGACAUAUUCACAGAGACUUUCCGCUGCACCUACUGCAAUGCUGAAGUUGAGGAGGAUGCCUCUGCGCUUCCCAAACGAGAUGCUCGAACCUUGCUAGCAAAAUUUAACGAACAGAUCGAACCCAUCUUUGCACUGCUGCGGGAGACUGAAGAGGUUGUUCUACCACAUGAUUUGCUUGAGCCUCAGCCAACGGAAAUUCCAGAGCUAUCAGAAAGCUUUGAACAGAAGGUAUGUUCAAGCAUCCUGGACUUCAGUAGCCAUCCUGAGAAAUGGGCCAACAAGAAUUCAUCUGUCAGUAAUAUGUAUGUUCAAAACUUGGUCAUUGAUGUCCAAGAUUCUGAACCAAAGACGAAAGGGAAGGAAAAAGUGACUAAAGAACAUCCUAUAUGGAUGUCACAAAGUACUGUACAAGGAGCAUCUUCAUAUACAACUGACUCCAAUAUUGAAAUGUCCAAAGAAACUGAUGACUAUGUUAAGGAAGUUGUUACUGAUAAUGAAGUAAUAAGGACUCUUCUCAUCCAUGAAUCUAAGUCUUCCUCUGGCACAGGGCAUCCCCCUCCUCUUGCCAAAAACAAACUGCAUGAGUCAGAAAGUGAUACCAGUGAAUCAGAGGAGGAGGCCAAACAUGCAAAACCUGUGGUAGUUAAAGCAGCAGGGAGUGACUUGGAACAAGAGGAACAGGAAACACUGGAUCCUACAGUAAUGGUUGCUGGACAGGCCCACUUGUACAGUGAAGUUAGUAACAAUCCAGAGGUAGUGUCACUUAUGACAGACGAAGAGAGAGAAGUUUACAUCAAGGUGGGACAAGAAAUGUUCCAGUCUGUCUUUGAGUGA